AUGCUUGUGGCCUUUUUGUUUUUGGCAGAUUUAGUAACUUUACCACUUUUCACUUGCCAUUCUCACCUUUCCUGGAGGGCCGUGUGUGUUUGCGUGCGAUGGAUCACACUCUGUUUGGCUGCCUGCGGAGCACUCAUGUCCCGACACAGGCCCUGCAUCCCGCCUUCACACAGUCACCUUUGACUCUCCACGGACGCUCGGACCAUGUCUCCUACCCUGACCUGGCCUCUUCAUCUUCCUCUUCCUCCACCUCUUCACCCUCGCCCUGCGUUAUCUCCAGCUACCCGGCCGAUGAUGGCCUGUUUCCCGGGCAGCACCACCACCAUCCCCACCGGGGUCACUUGCCGUCCCAGCAGCAUCACCACCCGCCUCAGCACCAUGGAUCUUGGCAUAUCCCACAGAUGUCUUCACCUGGCAGCAGCAUACGCCACAGUCUUUGCCAGCCGCACUCUCAUUCACCCCAUAACAGCGGCCCCACACCCCCAGACCUGGCCCACCCUGGUGGCCCCAGUAUGUGCGCCAGCACCCCUAGUGUGGGCAGUGGCAGCACCCCUACAGGGGCCUCCUGUGUGCCUGCAGAUUUUGGCAGACAGACUCUGUCACCUGCUGAGGCUGAGAAGAGGAAUGGAAAGAGGAAAAGUGACAGUUCAGAGUCGCAGGAUGGGAAUUACAAGUCAGACGUGAGCAGCAAACCCAGGAAGGAAAGGACGGCGUUCACCAAGGAGCAGAUCCGAGAGCUUGAGGCUGAGUUCGCCCACCACAACUACCUAACCAGACUAAGGCGCUAUGAGAUUGCCGUCAACCUCGACCUCACCGAAAGACAGGUGAAGGUGUGGUUUCAGAACAGGAGGAUGAAGUGGAAAAGAGUGAAGGGCGGCCAACAGGGAGCAGCAGCUCGAGAGAAAGAACUAGUGAAUGUGAAAAAGGGGACACUGCUGCCAUCAGAGUUCUCUGGCAUCGCAGCCCUCCAUCAUUCAACGGACUCCUUAGCCAAUGAGGACAGUCAUGACAGCGACCAGAGCUCUGACCAUGCUCACUUAUGAUGCACAGACCCUCGUCCCCACCCCAUCAGAGAAAAGGCCCUGCCUCUGCCUCAGGACUGUCCUUAAAAGGGCUGCUGUUUGCUGAUUCGCCAUCGUCAUACAACGAUGCUAAAUAAGUGUACAAAUGUACUGCGGAAUGACGUGGGUUAGAAAAACCAGUUAUUGUGAAGGCAAAAUGUAAGUUUUCAAGAACUGAGAUGAGAAGAUGGUGAAAUAUUUCAAACUGCCAAAAUGGUCAAAAAUGGCCUUCAUAUAUGAAAAGAAAAGGAGUCUUAUACUUACUGAAAUGUGAUGCCUUGGCUACAGAAAUUCACUGAAUAAUACAGAACAUUUUGGAAAUCAUAUUAGGUCGAACUGUUGUAAACAUUCCAUGUUUUGUGCUUUGAGAGACGCAGGCUCAAGCUUUGAUUUGCACUGCUGAACAUACAGCCUGCACCUCAAUCAGUUUCUAUUGUAUAAAAUGUAAAUUACAGUGUAACUGAGUUACUGAUCAAAUCAAGUGCCAGGAGAUCAAAUUUGCCUAGCUAAUAUAAAUGAUCUGUAAAUAAUUCUCAGUAUUGUCUUACCUUAACAAUAAUUUUAUACCCCCACUAUCCAGCUCAUGCAAUAAUAAAAACACUGACA